AUGCAGAGCAACGCAGAAAUGCUACACAGCUGGUGUAUUUCACCGGGCUGUGCAGAUGUGUCUUGCGUGGAUAACCCCGUCUGCCCGGUCUGCCUGGCUACCUUUAUCUGGACACAGAACCCAAUGUCCGCAAUUGAUAUGAGGACAGAGACCACUGGCGAGGUCACCUGUGCAAGUCAGAACAAUUCGACCAGACAAGAGGUGUUUGCCGACAAAAGAACAGUGUAGCAAGAACUAUAACAUGCACACAUCCAUAGUCAUUACUGCCCUUGUGGUCAGUCGUUGCGUCUGCGCCGCCACGAUCCAGAACAACCACAUUGAGCGCGAUGUGUCUGCCAUAUCGGUCGACAUCGCCGAAAUGUUCUCGACGAAGAUCAAUUCCACCAUACCUCUAGCAAGUCCUACAGACGGUCUGCUGUACGUGCCUGACAGAUAUCUCAUGUACUCGGGCAACCCUGAUUCGUGGCCGACAAUGGACUCAUGGCUGUCUUUUGAGAAGAUGUGGUCACGCAACGAACCUUUCAUUGGGCAAAGUUGCGCGAACAACGUCGAGUCAAAUACCGCUGAUGAGACCGCAACCAUCCUGGCUGGCAUCCAUAAACCUCGAGUGGAGUUGACCGGAGAUACAUUCUAGCCGUCAUGCUUCAAGAGUCAAACGGUUGUGUCCGCGUCCCGACUACUGUCUCUCAGGCACCCGUUCCCAUCUCCAAUCGUGGCCUCUUCCAAAGCUACAACUGCACCGGCACCUGCAAUGACAACGGCAAGCUGGAAACUCCGUGUCCUUCGACCCGGAUGAUUCAAAUGAUGGUCGACGGGGUCGUGUCGCUGGACACUGAUGACUCCUAUGGACGGACUGGGAACGGUCUCGUCCAAGCCUUCAAUCAUAUGAAUGGGACCACCAAGGCCGCCCGGUAUUACCGAGC